UGCCCAGUCUGCGUCCUGUCGCGCGCCUCCGGAGUUGCAUCAUCUCCAGCUCGCGGCUGCUCCGUGGAAGCUAGGCGCGGCACGAUCCACUCUGCGCCGGGCUCCGACCCACUUUCCAACACCUCUCCUUGCCUAGUCUCCACCCUGCUCCUGCGCCCGGCCUGAAGACCCCCGGAGGGGUGCUGGCUACCAGAGCCUGGGAGACAAGGCUUGCAGACACCGUUAGCUCCGACGUCCAUUCAUUGGCAGUCUGUCUUUUCUCAGAUCCCAAGUCCUCUGACUCCUCCAGCUCGGAGCGGCGGACCGUGCCAUGGAGAAGAGUAGAGAGACCAACGGCUAUCUCGACGGCGCCCAGACGGGGCCCGGCGCCCCCGGGACCCCUGCGGGAUGCGCGCGACGCUUCGCCGGCUUCCUGCGGCGCAACGCGCUGGUGCUGUUCACCGUGUCUGGGGUGCUCGUGGGCGCGGGGAUGGGCGCCGCUCUCCGCGAGCUCAAUCUCAGUCGCACGCAGAUCACCUACCUGGCCUUCCCGGGGGAGAUGCUGCUCCGCAUGCUGCGCAUGAUCAUCCUGCCGCUGGUGGUCUGCAGCCUGGUGUCCGGCGCCGCCUCUCUGGACGCCAGCUCCCUCGGGCGUCUGGGCGGCAUCGCCGUCGCCUACUUCGGUCUCACCACGCUGAGUGCCUCGGCGCUCGCCGUCGCUUUGGCGUUCAUCAUCAAGCCAGGGUCGGGCGCGCAGAAUCUUCAGUCCAGCGACUUGGGGCUGGAGGAAUCGGGGACUCCAGCGAUGCCCAAAGAGACGGUGGACUCUUUUCUUGACCUGGUCAGAAACCUGUUUCCCUCCAAUCUUGUGGCUGCAGCUUUCCAUACGUAUGCAACUGAUUAUAAGGUGAUAAACCACACCAGCUUUGAAAAUGUGACCCUUGAAAAGAUCCCUAUUGGCACUGAGAUCGAAGGGAUGAACAUUUUAGGCUUGGUCCUUUUUGCCCUGAUGUUGGGAGUGGCCCUGAAGAAGCUAGGCUCUGAGGGAGAAGAGCUCAUCCGUUUCUUCAAUUCUUUCAAUGAGGCAACAAUGGUGCUGGUGUCAUGGAUCAUGUGGUACGUCCCUGUGGGCAUUAUGUUCCUGGUUGGAAGCAAGAUUGUGGAAAUGAAGGACAUUCUUGUGCUAGUGACCAGCCUUGGGAAAUACAUCUUCGCAUCCAUAUUGGGACACAUUAUUCAUGGAGGAAUUGUUUUGCCACUUGUUUAUUUUGCUUUCACACGCAAAAACCCAUUCAGGUUCCUCCUGGGCCUCCUCACCCCAUUUGCGACAGCAUUUGCUACCUGCUCCAGUUCAGCUACCCUGCCUUCUAUGAUAAAGUGCAUUGAAGAGAACAAUGGUGUGGACAAGAGGAUCAGCAGGUUCAUUCUCCCCAUCGGGGCCACUGUGAACAUGGAUGGGGCGGCCAUCUUCCAGUGUGUGGCCACAGUAUUCAUCGCCCAGCUCAACAACGUGGAGCUGAAUGCAGGGCAGAUUUUCACGAUUCUAGUGACGGCCACGGCAUCCAGCGUUGGAGCAGCGGGCGUGCCAGCUGGUGGGGUCCUCACUAUUGCCAUUAUCCUGGAGGCCAUUGGGCUGCCCACUCAUGACCUCUCUCUGAUCCUAGCUGUGGACUGGAUUGUGGACAGGACCACCACCGUGGUGAACGUGGAGGGGGACGCCCUGGGCGCCGGCAUCCUCCACCACCUGAAUCAGAAGGCAGCAAAGAAGGACGAGCAGGAGCUGCGAGAAGUGAAGGUAGAAGCCAUCCCCAACUACAAGGCCGAGGAGGAGACGUCGCCUCUGGUGACACACCAGAACCCCACCGCCCCUGUAGCCAGUGCCCCAGAACUGGAAUCCAAGGAGUCGGUGCUGUGAAGAGGCUGGGCCGAGUGCCCGGUUAGCCAGCCCAGUUAGACAUGGGCGCGGCCUUCGCGUCUCCCGAGCGAUUCUGUGGCCCAGGCACCAGCUUGACGAUGACUUUGCAGCCCAGGCAUUGGGCUCCCCAGUGGGAACUGGUGACCAAGGACCAGGACACUCUGACAUUUCUUUGGCUUCUUCCAUGUCCAUGAGUGGCUAUGGAUGCCCCAGGGCUCUGCGAGGAAAUACCUCCAGGAGCUGCCCGCUUGGAAGGGUUAUGGGCUGGUGGGAGCCUGCAGGUAGAGACUGAGAAAACACACGCAUAUGCUCCACUGCCCCAGCCGCUCUGCAUCGGGUGCUUUCUGGGCAUACCCUGGGGGUUUCCAGUCACUUGUCCCAUUGCCUCCCGAACAGUAGUCACUGGAGAAAUGACCAAAUUCUUAGCCUUGGCUGGAAUUUGCUGAGCUGGGACUCGGGUAUUUAAAGGAUCGUGUUUUAGCUAAAUGCUCAUGGCUUCAGGAGGACCGGAAGCGCUGCCCCAGUGUCUUUAGAAAACCUGGUGGUGUCCCCGCCACUGGGUCACCACUCAAGAGCAUUAAGUAAACCAUUUACGUUCUGAGGCCCAAAGGGGGAUCACUAACUUGGAUAUACACACUGUUGUCCUCACUCCCUUCCCAGUCUUGGGGAACUUCCGCUUCUGAGGCUUGGCCUCUGCUAACACUUCACCUUUAUUUCCAAUCACUUGGAUUUGUCUAGAGGACCUCUUUCUCCGGGGGAGUUAUGAUGUGGUCACAUGACCUGUGUUGGUAUAUGAAUCUAUUAUAAUUUGAUGAGAAUCCUUAAAAUGCAUGCAAAAUCAAAAUUAGAAAAAAAAAAACAACUUCAAAAGGAGCCCAUGUACUAAAUGUGGUGCCCCCAUUCCCAGGCCCCUGAGCUUUAGCUGAUUUCCACAGAUCUGGACUCCUUGCCUGCUUGUACAUCAAAGUGUAAGUUUAUUAGUGAUAUAGUCCACAUGCUUCCAGCACCAGUGUUCGUCUAGUGGGAGGCAGGGGGCUCUUAGAACUUGAAAUCUGCUGUUUUAUUUAGUAAGGCUGUUGAUACAUUCACAGUAAGAUCUGCAGUAAGUCCGUAUGCUGAUGUUGCCUGCCUCUUACCUACCUCAGAGGGAUCUGGUGAGGCAAACUGCAAAUCUGUGAAAAGGACAACCUUACCAUCCACUUUUUUGUGUGUGUAUGUGUGUGUGUGUGUUUGUUACAAAUGAGUUACUGGCACCCAGCUUGCUAUGUGCUGAUGGUUUUGCCCAUGAAGGAUGCCUCCUAGUAAGUAUAGCUUUCCUGAGUGGGGCUCUGUUCUCUUCAUGAAUCACAACUCAUUGGGCCACACAUUCUUUUAUGAAUCAUUUGAUAGCAUCCACUGCACCCUCUUCCUUCCCUUCUAUCACAUCUCUAGGUGUCCAACUUGGCUGCGACCCCAGGUCCAAGCACUGUUUUUGCCACACAGCCCCACACAGGCCAUUCAAGUCCGCAGUGUUCCAUUUCCUUCAUUUUCUUUUUAGCCCCGUUGUGUGUCACCUGGCCCUACAGACGGGCAACGCCUUUAGAAUGUGUGGGCCAGUGCUCAGAGAAUGAGCAGAUAGGUGAGAACAUUUU